CUGUCUCUGCUUUUAGGCCUUAACCGGGGUGAUUCUCAUGGAGGGGCCGAUGGAGGGGUAGAAUUUGUACUAUGUAAGUUUUUUGAUACUAGCAAAUGAAAAUUAUCGGCCACAUUCCUGGUUGUGACUCAAUUCCAAGCUUGUAAGUUGUAAGUCCAUAAGUUACUUGUAACUAGGACCUGCCGUAGAGCACCCACCUACAAAAUUUGGAGUCACAUACCCUUUUUUUUUUCCUUGUCAAAUUCAUGCUCCGGGCAGUUUGCGCUAUUGGAACAUCUGCGUCGAGCUUGGUCCCCGCAAUUCCCUGUCGAUUCGCUCCUCGGUGGUCUUCCAAGGCGGUUGGAAUUGUCGCAAGGCCAUUUUUAGGUACUACACUUAUCAGUAGCGCUUAUAGGCAUUCAGUUCAAACUGCAAAUUCUAACUCAAGAGGCUUCGCUACCUCGCAGCUGACCUUAUACCCUCACGACGACGCAAAAAUGACGACGACUGCUACUACCCUCAAGGGGCAACCCUUGGAUCGUCCUGCCCUGGACUCAAUGCUUCGACGACGAAUGUUCUAUACCCCGGCGUUUGAGAUCUAUGGGGGUGUUGCUGGUCUCUACGAUUAUGGUCCGCCCGGUUGUAGUCUCCAGGCAAACAUCAUUGACGUGUGGAGGAAGCACUUCGUACUUGAGGAAGACAUGCUGGAAGUUGACUGCUCUGUGCUGACUCCGCAUGAGGUUCUGAAAACAAGUGGCCACGUGGAUAAGUUUGCCGAUUGGAUGUGUAAAGACCCGAAGAAUGGCGAGAUCAUCCGAGCCGACCACUUUGUCGAGGAAAUACUUGAAAACCGGCUAAAGGGAGAUAAAGAGGCUCGCGGCCAGAAGGUCGAGGAAAAGGAAGAAGACCCCAAGAAGAAGAAGCGAAAGGCAAAGGGCGUGCAAGAAGCCGUCAAGCUGGAUGAUGCUGUGGUUCAGGAGUACGAGGAAAUAUUGGCCAAGAUCGACAACUACAAUGGCGAGGAGCUCGGCGAGCUGAUCAAGAAAUAUGAUCUCAAAAACCCAGCCACUGGUGUCCAACCGUCGCCACCUGUUGCAUUCAACUUGAUGUUCCAGACAGCCAUCGGUCCUAGCAGCAAUCUUCCCGGUUACCUAAGGCCAGAAACGGCACAGGGGCAGUUCUUGAACUUCUCCAAAUUGUUAGAAUUCAACCAGGGACAGGUACCAUUUGCGUCAGCGUCCAUUGGCCGUUCUUACCGAAACGAAAUCUCGCCUCGAGCUGGAUUACUCCGUGUGCGAGAGUUCCUAAUGGCGGAAAUCGAGCACUUCGUCGAUCCCGAGGGCGGAAAGAAGCACCCACGUUUCCAAGAAGUUAAAGAUAUCGAACUAGUACUUCUAAACCGCACAACUCAGCUAUCUGGUAAAACGCACGUUGAAAAGAUAACCAUUGGCCAGGCGGUGGCUGAUGGCAUUGUUGACAACGAGACUCUUGGUUACUUCAUGGCCCGAAUUCACCUGUUCCUCAAGAAGAUUGGUGUUGAUCAAUCUAAGAUUCGUUUUAGACAGCAUAUGGCGAAUGAGAUGGCUCACUACGCUGCCGACUGCUGGGAUGCUGAACUACUCACUUCUUACGGCUGGGUGGAAUGCGUUGGAUGUGCAGACCGUAGUGCCUAUGAUCUAAGCGUCCACGCCAAGAGGACCGGUGCGCCCCUUAUUGUUCGCGAGCAACGAGCUGAGCCGCUGGUUGUCGAGGAAUGGGAGGUUGAGUUGAACAAGAAAAAAUUCGGUCCCCAUUUCAAGAAAGAUGGCAAAACGGUGGAGGCUGCUGUUCUGGCGACUACGCAAGAACAACGAGAAGCACUCGCAAAGGACCUGAACGAAAAGGGAAGCAUUACUGUAGAAGUUGCUGGUGUCGGCGACGGAAAGGUCGAGAUUCCGAAAGAUCUUAUCACCAUCGAGCGACGCACAAGAACUGAGCACGUUAGGGAAUAUACACCUAACGUCAUCGAACCUUCUUUCGGUAUUGGCAGGAUACUUUACGCCCUUAUGGAACACAAUUUCUGGACUCGAGCAAGCGAGGGCGGCGAUGAAGCGCGUGGCGUUCUGUCGUUCCCACCAACGGUGGCUCCCACAAAGGUACUGAUUGUUCCACUGUCAUCGAACGAACAGUUCAAGCCAAUUUGCUAUAAGCUGUCGCAACGGCUUAGGAAACUUGGAAUCUCUAGCCGCAUUGACGAUUCUUCUGCGACGAUCGGAAAGAGAUACAGCCGUAACGAUGAGCUCGGCACACCCCUUGGUAUCACGGUGGAUUUCCAGACCGUUCAAGACAGCACAAUCACUCUUCGGGACCGUGACUCAACUAAGCAAGUCCGUGCGGACGAGGACAAGAUCAUUGCUGCGAUUCAGUCCGUAGUUGACGGCAGCAAAGAGUGGAAAGAUGUCCAGGCCGAAUUACCCGCCUUCGAAGGACAGGAGAUCGAAGUAGCUAGUCGUUAAUGUGGCUCGUACAUAUUAGAUGCUCCAAAAUACCAACCCGUUAAAGAGGUAAAACGAGUAGGAGGCCUUAGUUACAAGUAGGGUCAGAUAGAAGCCAGAUAGAAGAUGGAUCUUAAAAAGAAAGGCUUGUUACCGAUUCUCGUUCUCAGAUGCAGUUUCAACUGUAGAUCUUGGCCACGUGCGGGUUCCCGCCAGACUAACAGGGGGCUAAAC